ACAAGACAUGGCGUUCAACGGAACCUGGAAAGUUGACCGCAGCGAGAACUAUGACAAGUUCAUGGAACAAAUGGGCAUUAACGUGAUGAAGCGCAAGCUGGCUGAACACGACAAUCUGAAGAUCAUCAUUGAGCAGAACGGCGACGACUUUCACAUCAAAGAAUCCAGCACGUUCCGCACUAAAGACAUCGACUUCACCCUCGGGACGGCCUUCGACUACAGCCUGGCUGACGGCACUGACGUCUCAGGCACAUGGCAGAUAGAAGGAGACGUGCUAAAGGGUAAAUUUACCAGAAAAGAUAACAACAAGGUGCUAACCACCACCAGGAGUCUUGUGAGUGGAGAAUUGGUGCAGACUUACAACUACGAGGGCGUUGAUGCAAAGAGAAUUUUCCAGAAGCAAUAAUUUUUACCUUGAUUUUUUAAACAUGUAUUUAUAGAUGUGUAUAUAUAGGGAAAUAACAUUACUGUGUACUAAUUCCUUUGUUCUU